CGCCGACAUAAUUUGUAACAACAAAGCUGAUUGGCUGAUUUGCAGCAGGUGCGAGAAAAUUAUCCAAUAGCAAUCACGGUUACAUUUGAACGGAUCCAACAUGGUGAACCGGUGUUAGCAACAUGACAACACACUUCAUAUUUCUCUCGAUUUAAUCCCAAAUUCUAUUUCAUCUUGCUUUGAAAAUCGUCAGAAACACGUAGAGAGAAAACUUAAAGUUACAAGGGACAGGAAAGUGCAUUACUUUCAGCCCAAGAGUUUGAACUAAUAGCAAAAUGGGUUCUGCAAAACAACAGUCUGCAAUUUCAAAUGUUACAAAUGGAAUCUUGAGAGAAUGGGACAAGGGGUCCAAGAGUGUCCGGAAGAGGAUGCUGCAGGAUUUUAUUGCACAGAAUCAAAAUAAAACUGGACCAGAGCUUGAACAAGAAUUUGCCCAGGCAGCAAGUUUAUUUUUAACCAGGCUUACUGCAUGGUUGAGAUUGACAUACAUGUUGAACAAUUCAUGUUUGAAUGAGCAGUUGCGGAGUACAGCCAUAUUCCUUUCUGCAUCAAGUGGACACAAAUUUUUGGCAGAAUUCCUUGAGGUUGGUGGCAUCCUGACUGUCUUAGAGAUCAUCAACUUGAAGCAAGCCAAGGAGGCUGACAAAGCUGAAGCCCUGAGGCUCCUUCAAAUUGUUGCCAAUGCAGGAAGGAAAUACAAAGAAUUGAUGUGUGAAAGUUACGGUAUCAGGGCAGUGGCAGAGUGCCUAGCUAAGUCCAAAUCAGAAGAAACCCAGGAGUGUGCUAGGACGUUGCUGGAGACACUUGCAAGAGGAAAUCCAAAAUAUGAAAAUCAAGCUUAUAAAGCACUCAUCGUUCUCCUGUUGUGUAACUCACCGAAGGCACAACAGAUGGCAGCACAAACGUUACGGGUUGUUCAGCCAAUUGUUGGUGCUGCCAACCCAUCCAUUGUAGAGCCUCUGUUGACCUUGUUCAAAACUCUUCACUUGGAAGUACAGUAUGAAGCAAUUGAACUGGUAAAGCUACUGAUGAGCUACGAAGUGCAGUCUGAACUACUGAAAAAUUUGGUAACACUCCUGCGGCCAGCCAAAGAAGACAUGAUUAAGAAACCUGAAAUAUUGGAGGAUCCUGAUGUACCAAAGAUGAACGCCCCUCUUCCGGUGUUUGUCCAGCAAGCUGCUGUGGCAAAGUGUAUAGGGAUUUUAGCAAGAGAGUCAACCGAUUUGGCUGAGAAGUUGAUACAGUUGCGUGUUGUGCAUAACUUGAUGUACGCCAUGGGUAAUCUGGACUAUGCUGAUAGCCAGAGGCAGGCCAGCAUUAGUCUUGAGUUUUUGAGUACCAACUACCCUAUUGUUGAUGACCAUGUGAAAGAUGCCAUGGGUGAUGUCCUCUAUGAAAUGUUUAUUACAAACCCAGAAACACUCUACGUAAACAUGAACCCAAUACAAGCAGACGUGUUACGGUCAAACAAGGUCAACAUCCCAGGAUCACGCUACAGAUUCCAGUGAUAGAUGUGACCGAAUAAAAAAAGAUAGCAGGAGUGUCGCUUUGUUGUCCUCUAGCUCUACUGAUGAUUGACCCACAAAUUCGUUCUUUGCCUUUUCAUGCUCUGGAAUUACCAAGUGCAGUGGUGGAUUAAAUUAAAGAUUUUGCUGUGGGCGACAUGCUAUAGUAUGUCCCCAUGACAGGCCGUUGACGUGCGUAGCAUGUCAUGCCCUACUAUAAUUUUAGUUCAUCAGCACUUUGCCGCACUUGACCAAAUGCUCUUGGAAACAUAACUGGAAAUGGUUUUUAGAGUACAUUGCAUAAUCUCUUAGUCCGUUCAGUUAAAAGUAAGCACCAUUCAGCAUUCUCUCCUUCUGCUCCACUGCAUGGGCCGACACAGGCCUAAGUAUGGCUUCUGUAGCAGAAGGGUUAAAUUCAUGUCAACCUUUUUAGUGGUCAGACAUUGCAAACUUGAACAAAUGCUCUAUAGUUUAAUUGCUGAUCCUCAUCUGUGAGGUCCCACUUAUACUCUAGACUCAUCGAUCUAAGACCAGUUCAUUAACUUGAGGCGUGGCCGACCACAGUAUAAUGAAUGCAUUGAACAGGCAUGGUCCCUUCAUACUGAUUGGCUCACACUUGUCGGUCUUCAUGUUAUGGUAAGUUGAAUGACAGUGGUUGGCUUUGAGAAUGAACUGAUCACUUGUUACCCAACCACUGUACUUCUAUCAGUUGUUAUGGUGUGGUCGAUCAAUUUCCCUAUCUAAACGGCAUUGAUAAUGAAGUGAAAUCCUUACGGGCCUGCCUUCUGAACUCUGAAAUGAUGAAAUUGAUGCAAAGGCGAAUGGCAUGACCACCAGACAUACUGGUGUUGCCCAGCCAUUGUCCAUCCCGAUUGUUCAAUGUUGAAAGACAUCUCACGACAAUGUGCGUAAUAUUUAAGGGGGCUUGGUCUGCUUAUCCAGAAACAGUCUUUGAUCGGUGAGGCUAGAGUAUAUCGAUCCUUGCAAGGAGACCACAUGAUAAGUCAUUUUCUUGCAUCAAACUACAAUGGAACCUCCCUUAGCAGACAUCUUUCUAAUAGGGACACCCUCUCUAUUAAGGACAAUAGUUUUGGUCCCAAAUUGGUUGCUUCCAUUCAAUUUGACCUUUCUGAUCAGGACACCUCUCUAUUAAGGACAGCACUUGUCAGUCCUGAGGGUGUCCCUAAUAGAGAGGUUCUACUGUAUAUAAUUGUGUACUGUUAUGUCCUAUCAAAUUCAGAAAUUGAUGUUGCACAAGCAUUUGUAGUGUCUAACCUUCAUUUAUGAGCAGUUAAAAUUUGGGUGAAGGACCACACAAAUUAACACUUGACUAGUAUUAAAGUUUUAAAGUCGAUGUUUUUACAUUGAAGAAAUCUUAUGACUUAUUGCUUUGUUUUUAAUGUGAUAAAAAUAAAACUUGUGGUUGUAUAAAUAUAAAUAAUUGAUGUCGAAUUCAAUGUUCCCUCCGUCCAUUUCUGUUUAAAUAUAUCAUAUAU